AUGGCAGGCAGCUGCAUCCGCAUCUACCUGAAGUGGUAUCCGCGCAAGGAGCCUUGCAAGGCAGAUAGCGGGGAGAACCCACAGAUCCUCUUCAACACCACCUGUUGGGGCAUUGGCAAGGCCUGCUAUAACGCUAUGGAGAUGGGCUCGGUCCACAACUACCACAUGACCUCGGUGGAAUCCAAGAAGCAAGACAUCUUUAUCGUCAAGUUCAAGAAGCAGGCAAGUGUAAUGCACGCCAACAAGUUCGAGACUGACUGGAUGAACAUGCCUCACUUCAAGGCGCGAGAGAGGGAGAGAGUGAAAAAGAAACGGCAGUGGCUUGCAUGGCCAAGGGUAUUUGUGUUCUCAGAAAUUAUUAUUGGGACUGUAUGGGAUGUACUGAUGUACUCUGGGAGUUCCUUGCACGGCCAAGGGCAUUUGCAGUCUCGGAAAUGA